AUGCAUUCUAUUCUUUUCUUUCUUUCUUGUGCUCUUUUAUUCUUGGAAAGGUCUAGACUAAACAUAAUUUCUUUCUUUUCUUGCUUGCUUCCAUCUUUUCUUUCCUUCUUUCUUGCUUCCUUCUUUUCUUUUUUCUUUCUUUCUUUCUUCUCUCGUUUCAUUCCAACUUUCAAUGAAACAAAAUCCGCUUUUCUUUCUCGUUUUCUUUCUUCUUCUUUUCUUUCUUUUCUACUUCCCUCUUUUUUUUUUCCUUUCUUUAUUUCCUCCUUGCUUGUUUCCAUUUCCUCUGUUCUUUCUUUCUUUCUUUUUCCUUAUUUUCUUGAUUGCUUUCACCCUUCUUUCUUUCUUUCUUUCUUUCUUUCUUUCUUUCUUUCUUUCUUGGUCUUUUACAUCCUCUCUUUCUGGUUUAAUUCCUUCCCUUUUUUCUUUCUUUCUUUCUUUCUUUAUUUAUUUAUUUCUUCCUUGUUUUCAUCUUUCUAUUUUCUUUUUUUUAAUUUUUCUCUUUUUUUCUUGUUUCCUUUCUUUUACACUUCUUUCUUUCUUUCCUUUCUUUCUUUCUUUCUUUUCUUUUUUACGUAUUUUCUCAUUAUCCAUUCAAUAUUUCUUUCUUUCUUUUCUUUCUUUUCUUUCUUUCCUUUUUUUUUUUUUUUUUUUCUUUCUUUCUUUUUUCUUUCUUUCUUUCUUGUUUGCUUGUUUUCUUCAGUUUUUUUUUAUUAUUAUUUCGUUAUCAAAUUUUCAUUAACUUUAUUUCGCUCUGUAUUUCAUUUUUAUUUCUUCAAUUUUAUAGAAGUUCUUUUUUUCUUUCGCUUUUUCUUUCUUCUUUCUUUCUUUCUUUCUUUCUUUCUCUCUUUUACUUUAUGCUAUCUGUCAUUAACACUUCUUUUUCUUUUUAUUCUCUAUAUUAAUUUUAUUCUCUUUCUUUCUUUCUCUUUUCCUUUCUUUCUUUCUUUCUUUUUUUCUUUUUUCUCUUGUUUUUUCGUUCUCUUUCUUUCUUUUUCCUCUUUCUUUCAUUUUCUUUCUACCUUUCAUUCUCUUUCUAACUUUUUUUUUUUUAUUUCUGUCUCACUCUUCAUUUCUUUUCUCUUCUUUCUUUUUUCCUUCGAUUGCUUUCUUUCCCUUUUAUUUCUUCCAUUCUUUCUCAUUGUCUCUCUCUCUCUCUCUCUCUCUCUCUCUCUCAAUUUCUUUCUUUCUUUCUUUCUUUAUUUCUUUCUCACUCUUCCCCAUUCCUGUAACCUUUCUUUGACAGAAACACAGUCAGACAACCAGUUCGCGGGUUAUUCGGAAACGAAACUACCCAGCAAUCAUCUCUCCCUACGCCCUCUCCUUUGCUCUUUCUUUCAUUUCACUCAUAUUUCCCCUGCCGCAGUUCAUGACGCCAGACCAACGACCGUAUCAGGGCGGCGCCGACCUCACUCCACCAGACUCGGUCAGAGAAUCAAGGUUAAAAUCGAACGACGUACUACAACGACGUAA